AUGCGACGAGCGUUCACGCUGGAGGAUUUAAAGGUGACGGAUGAGCGGAUCGUGCCCAGGGAGAUAUUAGAGGCGGCGUUCGGCGCGAGGGCGAACGCGCCGAACGGAAAGGGUAAGAAACGCGCCGCGAACGACGCGAGCGCGAGCGGUGGAGACAAGAAGCGCGGUAAGGCGAACGAAGACGGCGAACGCGACGAUCAAGGGGCGACGGCGUCGACGAAACAGAGAAAGGGUGAUAUUUCGCGUCUCGAGCGUCUGGCGCGUUUAGAAGAGUCGAGCGCGGCCAAGGAGCUCGACGGCGACGCCGUCGAGGGCAAGUCGCGCGGUCGUCUCCAAUCGCGCGCGAGCGAUCGUCAGCGUCGCGCGCGAUCGCCGUCCAAAAAUGCGCGCGCCGGGGACGAGGACGACGACGAAGCCGACGAAGACGCCGUCGACCGCGCCGCGGACGACGACGACGAGCUCGACAGCGACGACGACUACGCCCGCGCCGCCGGUUUCGACGACGACGACGGCUACGACGACGACAUCGCCGACCACGCCGACACCGAGGCCUUCUAUUAG